AUGUUACGAGUAAUAGGAGCGAGCGGUGGCCUUCUGCAGGCGCCUGACAAGAGACUUACUGGGCCACAAUGGAAUACCUUCACCCGACACAGAAUACCUUCGACACGUAUACCCUCACCCGACAGUAUACCUUCACCCGACACAGUAUACCUUCACCCGACACAGUAUACCCUCACCGACACAGUACCCUCACCCGACACAGAAUACCUUCACCGUAUACCUUCACCGACACAGUAUACCCUCACCCGACACAGUAUACCUUCACCCGACACAGUAUACCCUCACCCGACACAGUAUACCUUCACCCGACACAGUAUACCUUCACCCGACACAGUAUACCUUCACCCGACACAGUAUACCCUCACCCGACACAGUAUACCUUCACCCGACACAGUAUACCUUCACCCGACACAGUAUACCUUCACCCGACACAGUAUACCCUCACCCGACACAGUAUACCCUCACCCGACACAGUAUACCCUCACCCGACACAGUAUACCCUCACCGACACAGUAUACCUUCACCCGACACAGAAUACCUUCACCCGACACAGAAUACCUUCACCUGACACAGUAUACCCUCACCCGACACAGAAUACCUUCACCCGACACAGUACCUUCACCCGACACAGUAUACCCUCACCCGACACAGUAUACCUUCACCGACACAGUAUACCUUCACCCGACACAGAUACCUUCCGACACAGAUACCUUCACCCGACACAGUAUACCUCACCUGACACAGUAUACCUUCACCCGACACAGUAUACCUCACCCGACACAGUAUACCCUCACCCGACACAGAAUACCUCACCCGACACAGUAUACCUUCACCAGCUCACCCGACGUAUACUUCACCCGACACAGAAUACCUUCACCUGACACAGAAUACCUUCACCUGACACAGAAUACCCUCACCCGACACAGUAUACCUCACCCGACACAGUAUACCUCACCUAUAUACCUUCACCCGACACAGAAUACCUUCACCCGACACAGAAUACCUUCACCCGACACAGAAUACCCUCACCGACACAGUAUACCCUCACCCGACACAGUAUACCUUCACCCGACACAGUAUACCUUCACCCGACACAGUAUACCUUCACCCGACACAGAAUAUCCCUCACCCGACACAGUAUACCUCACCCGACACAGUAUACCUUCACCCGACACAGUAUACCUCACCCGACAGUAUACCCUCAACUGA